AGGAGCCCUUGGUUUUAAUUUGUGGUGAAUCUGUAUCAAAUUAAUCCUUGGAUCAGCCAUUUUCAAGUUGUUCAAUUCAACAUAUCUUUUCUUAGUUCUUCUUAUUACAAAACCCACAAAAAUCACAAAAAAAAACAUUUUAUAAUAUCACCUACACUUCAGCCUUAAUUGCUGAAAUUUCGAAACCUCAAAACAUACGUGUGCAUAUAGUUUGGUCCUUGUUCAAAACAUAGCCAACCUAUAUCAUCUUGGUAUCAGAGCCAAGGCUACGCUCCUAGCCUUAAUUUCGUUCAUUCACAAAGCAAAACACCAUGUCUCAAAGUGGUGAAGGAGAAACAAGUGAUUUGAGCAGAAUUGUUGAAGAGCAAAAUGCCACCAUUAAUUACUUACGAGCCCAACUUAAAGAGUUUUUAGACCUAAAACGCACCUUAAGGGAAGGUGGGUAUUAUGAAUCUGAAAGUCCUAAAGUUAAUAGGCAAACAAGCCGUGGAGAUGAUCUUAAAGUCGACAUUCCAGAAUUUGAAGGAAGAUUAGAUGGAGAUGAGUUCCUUGAAUGGGUAAGAACUGUUGAAAGAGUAUUUGAUUACAAGAAUACAGAUGAAGAAAAGAAGGUAAAGAUAGUAGCCUUAAAAUUGCGCAAAUAUGCUUCUACUUGGUGGGCUAACAAAUGUGCAAAACGAGAAAGAGAAGGGAAAGACAAGAUUAGAUCAUGGGAAAAGAUGAAGAAGCAAAUGAAGGAAAAGUUUCUGCCUUCAUACUACAUGCAAGAGAAUUUCACCAAACUUCAACAUCUACAACAAGAUGGCAGGAGUGUAGAAGAGUAUGGUCGAGAGUUCGAGACAAUGAUCAUGAGAUGCGACCUGAAGGAGGAUGAUCAUCAAACUUUGGUAAGAUUUUUAAAUGGUUUAGAUUCAAAAAUCAGAAACAUUGUUGAAUUACAACCUUAUGCUUGCCUUGAUGAUUUAAUUAACCUUGCACAUAAAGUGGAUAAACAACAAAGAACUAAAAUGAAGGAAACCUCACGUUUCACUUCAGCAAGAACUACCAAUUUCAAUUCCUACCAAGAGAACACUCCCCAUUCCUAUUCUAAAGCCCAUUCACAAGAUUCAACAGCUUUGCAAAACAAUAAUUCAAAGCAGCCCCUAAGCAUGCCCAAUACACCCAAACCAAACACCAAUUCAUUCACACCUAGGAGAUGUUUUAAGUGUCAAGGCCUAGGACAUAUUUCUUCCGAAUGCCCAAACCGAAAAAUGGUGAACUUGGUUGAAUUUGAUGAUCAUCAAGAGGAAAACGAGGAGGAUUUCUGUGACGAUGCUGAACUUGAUGAGGAAAUAAUAUACCCGGAUGAAGGAGAAUUAUUGGUUAUGCGAAGAGCUCUUAGUGGGGUCAAAGCCAAAGAUCCAAACCCACAAAGGGAAGCAAUAUUCCACACAAAAUGUACAGUUAAAGGUAAGAUCUGUUCGCUUAUCAUUGAUGGAGGAAGUUGCACUAAUGUCGCUUCAAAGACUAUGGUGGACAAGCUUAAUCUCACCGCCACUCCACACCCCAAGCCAUACAUGAUUCAAUGGUUGAAUCAAAACAAAGCUAUGGAAAAUAUUAUCCGGUUGAACGUUGGCGGGCCGACUGUGGAUCCGAGUGAGGAUUCCGGACUUCGCCGGACUUGGUUCGGCAUAGACGAUGACUACAUGAUUUAUGGUCUAAACUCCACAAUAUCCUACGACGAUACUACAAUCAAUUAUACGGUUGCAACACUAUCGUAUACGGCGCCAGAAUUAGUGUACUUGACAAUGAGGGAGAUGGGACCAUAUGUUGGAGAAUUGAAGAAAAACCAAAAUUUGACAUGGUUGUUCGAGGUCGAUGUUGGAUUUAAUUAUCUUGUGAGGCUCCAUUUUUGCGAGUUAGAUUCCACAAUCAACAGCAAUGACCAAAGAAGUUUCGACGUUAGUAUCAACAAUCAAAUGGGUGCACAUGAUAUUGAUGUUUUUGCGCUAACUGGUGGCAUUUUCAUUCCAAUGUAUCGAGAUUUCGUUACGCUCUUUGAAGGUAGUGAUACCAUCAUAGCUAGUGUCGAAACCAGAGGUCUUCUUUCAGUGACACUUACUCCCGACCCUACCACAACGUAUAAUGAUGUCAUGCUCAAUGGAUUGGAGAUUUUCAAGUUAAGUUCUUCAAAUGGUUCUCUUGCUGCACCAAAUCCUACUCUUGCUGCACCAAAUCCUACUUUCCCUUUACAAAGACAUGAACAUGGUCUAACCAAAAUCAUGAUCAUCUUCAUCAUACUUGGAAUUGGAAUAGGCAUAUGCAUGUUAAUUGCACUAAUCCUCUUGUACAAAAAGAUGAACUCGAUGAUCGAGAAAAGUAAAGAAAUUGAAACAUUGUUGAAACAACAUGGAUCCCUCGGUCCAAAGAGGCAUACUUAUGCAGAUUUGAAGAGAAUUACAAACUCCUUCAAAAUCAAGCUAGGUGAAGGAGGUUACGGUAUUGUAUACAAAGGAAAACUACAUUGUGGGGAUCAAGUGGCAGUGAAAAUUCUCAAGAGAUCAUCGAAUCGAGAUAUGGAUAUGGUGGAAUUCAUCAAUGAAGUUGCAAGUAUCGGAAACACCAAUCAUAAAAACAUUGUGAAACUCCUAGGCUUUUGUUACGAGGGUUCAAAACGCGCUCUUAUAUAUGACUACAUGCCUUGCGGAUCUCUUGAAAAGUUCACACAUGGGGGCAGAGACGAAAACAAUCAACAACUCUCAUGGAAAAGUUUAUUUGAAAUCGCGAUUGGGAUUGCAAGAGGGCUAGAGUACUUGCACCAAGGGUGCAACACGAGAAUAUUACACUUUGACAUUAAGCCCCAAAACAUUCUAUUAGACGAGAAUUAUUGCCCCAAGAUAUCUGAUUUUGGCCUGGCUAAGAUAUGCCCACAAAAGGACAGCAUAAUAUCAAUGUCAGAUGCCAGAGGAACUGGAGUGUACAUUGCACAUGAGGUUUUCUUCAAGAGAUUUGGCGGAGUUUCUCAUAAAUCAGAUGUUUAUAGUUACGGAAUGUGGGUUUUGGAAAUCGUUGGGUGUCGAAAAAAUAUUGAUGCGAAAUUGGAACAUAGUAGUGAGCAGUAUUUUCCGCAUUGGAUUUACAAGCAACUCGAGGAAGUUGAAGAGAUCGAUCAAAUCGACACCACAAACAACAACGAGGGAUCAGUACUCAAAAGGAAGAUGGUUGUAGUGGGUUUAUGGUGCAUACAAACCAACCCCUUCACCCGACCAAAUAUGACUCGAGUUGUAGAAAUGCUCGAAGGAACACUCGACUUGCUGCAGAUUCCUCCGAUUCCAUCUCUUGCUUCUCCUUUGAGAUCACACGAAAUUUCUACCACUCUAGAUGAAAUCUUAUUAGGUGGACUUUUUGUAUCCUCCAUUUGAUGGUCUAGUUAGACAAUGUAGCCAUUAUAGUGAGCUUUUUAGCUUUGUGUAAAUGAUUGUCUCCAAUAAGUGCAACAUAAUUUGCUAGUUAAUUCGCUUAUGUUAUAUUUGGAAACGAUGAUUAUUGGUUUAAUUUCAUGUUUGGCAAAUCAAUGAAUUCAAUUUUGAAUUGAAGUCAUUUCUACCAUUGUAUUAAAAGUAGAUAAAGUUAA